UUCAUACAUAAAUGGAAAUCAAAGCAGGCGACGCAAGUUUGAUCGAUACAAAUCAAGCGACUGUUCAACGCGCCAAUGUUUUCGGCUUUAUAGGAACAGCAGCAACAGCACAACCACGCAGAGAGGCUAAGAGGACAAACCUGUGAAGUAAGCAGGCAUGGAGGAGCUACAGGAUAGUAGCAUACACCACACGACCGCGAAAGUUAUAGCAGCCAUUAAGAAUACCAAAUGCUAUGAGCCUAUCUAUAAGGAACUGCAGCGUCUCGUUGCCAGUCCCGGCGUCGACAAGAAUGAUAUGCGCAACACGCUGGAGGAUGCCAUCAAGGCGGCGGGUCUGGAGACAGAAAUUCGCAAUAUGAUUUACAAUCUGGUACGCAGUCGCUUGAAAAAACUCGAUGUUGGAGAUGUCCGACAAACAACGAAAUCCGCACAGAGCGAUCCGCUGGGCUAUCUGAAGCGUGCCGGCGUGCUAUGGGAUCGGCGUGUGCGGAAGAGCCUAAAUGCAAUGUGCGGCGAGCUGAAGGUUCCGCUGCACGGCCAGCCGCGCAUCAGCACCGAUCGCGAGGAUUUUGUGGCCAAGUGGAAUGAGUUGAGCAAUUACAAUAUGGAUCUUGCUAAUUAUCGUCCGGUAUAUGCGCCCAAGGAUUUGUUGGAAGUUUUACUAUCGCUAAAGGGACCCACUAGGCCCAAUGAAAAUUCCGACCAAAUACCGCAGUGGGAAUUUUCGCAUAUUGCGCUGCCCGUUAAAAAUCUCUUUGAACUGCGAACACAUUAUGCGGAUCUGUUGCGUGGCGAUCCCUACAGUAUGCUUGACUUGGCGGUGCAGUGCCAGCGUAUCCUGGACAGCAGACACGCCCCAAUGUGCCAGCAGUACUUAAAGAAGGGCUGCACCCCGGCACCCUACCGUGGGGCCCUCUGGGCAUCUGUGCUGGGUAGCAAGCUGCAUGAUUAUGACAUUGAGAAUUGGCAGAAGCUGCGUAAUAGCGUAUGGACCACCGAUCAUAUUGUUGAUAAGCUCGUCUUUAAGGAUAUACAGCUGACGGCUUCAAAUGAUGACCAGUAUUUUGUUUUCGAGGAUGUGCUCUACCAGGUGCUGUUAUGCUUCUCGCGGGACACGGACAUUGCCAACUGUGUGGAGUAUGAAUCGUUUCCGGUGAAGGGCAAGACCUAUGAGGGUCCACCCUCGGGCGUGGUGCCUUUUCACGGCAUCUGCAUGUUUGCGGCACCAUUUUGCUAUCUGUAUGAUUCGCCGGUGUGUCUUUAUUAUACAUUUCGGGCCUUUUACAUACGCUAUUGCCACCGAUUGACCACGAUCAAUACGCAUCCGCAGGGCAUUGUUAGCCUGUGCCUGCUAUUCGAGAAGCUGCUGCAGACAUACGAGCCACAGCUGUGGUCGCACUUUCGUGAGCUACAGAUACAACCUCUUCGUGUAGUUUUCAAAUGGCUUAUGCGCGGGUUCUCUGGUCAUUUGCCACCCGAUCAAUUGCUGGUAUUGUGGGACUUGGUACUCGGUUUUGAUAGCUUGGAGAUAUUGCCACUAUUUGCCAUCAUCAUAUUGAGUUUUCGAAAGGACAGCAUAAUGCAGGUGGCUUCACUUGACAGCAUCGAAGCCAUUUUGGCCGACUUAUCGUCCAUUAAGGUGCUGCCAUUGGUACAAUUGGCAUUAAGUCGCGACUAAGUGUAUGAUUCUCUUCUACAAAUUUAAAGUGUUUAGCUGUCGAUCCAUUUCCUGUCUAUAAAGUAGAAAUUCGACUUUUUUUAAUUCAGCGAUACGAUUCUAAACAAAAUAUGUGUGAAAAAGCGUUGUUAAUUUUGCAAAUUUAUGCAGCAGACAUAAGCAGGAAUUCCAGCGUAUAUGCCUGUUUACCAUCUUAAAAAAGAGAGCAACAUUGGCAGAGUACAAAACGAAUAUCUUCUUUGGCUGGCAUAAGAACUCUUCUAUUAAAGUCUGAAAAAAUAUUUCCGUGUAAAAAAGUAAAUUUCUGUAGUUUUUGGAAAUAUAAGGUGAUCUUAAAGUA